AAGAGCCGGCGCGCGCGCGCCCAGUACCCGCGCAGUAGUCGCGACUGACGCACGCGACUCUCUCGCAGCGCCUCUCCGCGCUCUCUCGCGCUUCACAGUUACGUAGUGACGGCGCUCGCGAUGACCCCCGCGGCGGCGAUCGCGCUGCUGCUGCUAGUCGGCGGCGCAUGCGCGCAGGUGCGGUACUUUGGGCUGGAGCUGGGCGCGCUGGCGCCGCUGCAGCACGGCGUGCGCGGCCGCGUGUUCGCCGUGGACGCGCGCACGCUCUACCUCAAGGACUUCCACUACGACGGCGAGGGACCAGCGGCGUACUUUUACGUGGGCACGUCGGCGCAGCCGGGCAGCGGCGCGGGCGCGGUGCGGCUGCGCGACGAGCGCGGCGGCGCGGGCCCGCUGCGGCGCUACACCGGCGAGAGCGUCACGCUGUCGCUGCCCGACGGCAACACGCUCAAAGACUACCGCUGGUUCGCCGUCUACUGCGACGAGUAUUCCGUGAACUUCGGUGACGUCUCGCUCCCGCGCGGCGCGGAGUACCCGCGGCCGGCGAAGGUGGGCGCGCUGCGCGGCGUGCACGGCGUGGCGUCCGACGCCGUGGUCGUGGUGGACGCGCAGACGCUGCUCGUGCCCAACUUCUCCUACGACGGCGAGGCGCCCGACGCGAAGUUCUGGGUGGGGCGCGGCGACAGACCCUCGCCGCAGGGCAUCCGCAUCCCCGACGAGAACGGCAAGGAGGCGCCGCUGCGCAAGUACGACAACAAGACCAUCGUGCUCACGCUGCCCGGGGAGCUGACGGUGUUCGACAUCGGGCACUUCGCGGUGUGGUGCGAGGCGUUCACGGUGAACUUCGGGCACAUCGUGCUGCCGCGCGCCGCGCUGGCCAGCGUGCCGCCCAGCCUCAAGAUGCUCGGCGUGUCGCCGCAGUCGAAGCUGAACUGCGAGGUGCUGUAUGAUGAGCUCGCCUUCGAGGUGCGCUGGGCGGUCGCCGGCGACAGCAUCGUGCUGCAGCUCGUCGCUAAACUCGAGGACGGCGAGUACAUGGCGUUCGGCGUGUCGGGCGACAGUGUGCACACGCAGAUGGUGGGCGGCGACGCGGCGGUGGCCUGGGUCGACAAGAUGACGCUCAAGGGAUACGCCGACGACUACUACCUCGACGCCAAGAGCCAGUGCGCCGGCGUGCGCGGCUCCUGUCCUGACGAGAGGCUCGUGGAGAACACGAACUCGAUACGUUUGCUGAACGCGGCGCUGGUGAACGGCUACUCCAUCGUGACGUACCAGCGCUCGCUGCGAGCUGCUGACGAGCUGGACCGCGCCGUGCUCACCAACGCCAGCCAGCCCAUCAUCUGGGCCAUCGGCCCCCUCAACUCCAGGAACGAGGUCUCCUACCACCCGCACUUCACUAAGGGUGACAAGCUGAUCGAGUUCGGUCGGCCGCCGGUGUGGAACUGCCCCAUGCCCGAGGAAGACGACGCGACGCACGACGCUCCCCAGCAGCAACCUGACAAACACAAUGCGCAAGUGAUAAAGCCGAACCCGGUGCCGACGCCGAAGCCGGUGGCGAAGGCGGUGCCGUGGGAGAUCCCCGCCAUCCAGUGCUACGAGCCCCCCGACGGCGUGUUCUACGCGCAGAUGGGGCCCACCGGCGGCAAGCAGGGAUACUCCGCCAUCACCGGUCACGUGGGCUGGGGCAUCUCGUGGUACAUCAACGGUCUGCUGAUCCCGGAGAUCAACGUGGUGCGCGGGCGCAAGUACACAUUCGUGGUGGAGGGCGGCGCGGACCCCGACGUGCCCGCGCGGUACCAUCCCUUCUACAUCACCAACGACCCCGUCGGCGGGUACUUCCACAAGACCAAUAAGGAGAAGGAGGGCAUCGAGAUCUACGCGGGCGUGCGGCGCGGGCGCACGGGCGGGCUGUCGCCGACGGGCGUGGGGCGCCUGUGCAACUGGACGCCCGACAGCGCGGGGCCCGAGGCCGACGAGUACCCCAGCUUCGGCGCCUACCAGCGCUCGCUCACGCUCGUGUGCGAGGAGGGCAACCCCGGCGUCGUCAGCUGGGUGCCCGACCACAACACGCCCGACACCGUCUACUACCAGUGUUUCACGCACCGCCACCUCGGCUGGAAGAUCAAUGUAGUGGACGAGUGCGACGCGCAGGAGGGCGAGGAGAGUCGCGUGGCUGCACAAGUACUGCCGCCCGACGACCUCCGCGGCGACGAGUCCGUGCAGGUACCCACACGACUCUCUCCUGACCGUAACUUUAUAGAUGAGCGCAAGAAAAUACAGAAAAUAAUCAAUACGAAAACGAAUUAUGACGAUUUCAGUAGAAUUAAGAUGGACAGCGGACUCACAGGAGAAGUGUACCCGGAGCCAGACAAGACGCCGUACAAUAAGAGACAGGAGUAUUCUGAAUUGCCGAUAUCCAAAGUAGAACUGAAGGAAGUGAUCGAAGCCGUGGAGAACUUGGAGAACCAGAUGCAAGAAAUUUCGCAGCAGAACACCUCGCGCCACCAGUACCAGGUGCACGAGGAGCCGCAGGACACGGAGUUCGCCGAGCAGCCCUUCCGAGACGACGACGAAUAUGUCGUCGAUACAGCGAAAUUGCCCGAAAACUUCUUCUUACCGGGUAACCAAAAGCCUCUGACUUUGCAAUCAGUUUUAAGGCCGACUCCUCACAAAGCCAUGAAUAACAUGCGACCUCCGUUCCGGCGUCCGGCUCCUCCUGAGAUUAAACGUCGUCCACUACCGAUAUAUCAUCAGAAAGGGGGCAUGGGUUAUCCCUUGCCUCUACCCAACCACCACGGCCAGCACGGACCGCUGAAGAAGCCGCCACCAAAGUUCAACCAAAACCGUUUACAGCCGAACAUGAAUAGGCCGGUCGAUCAUAAUCAUAAUCGGCCCGCACCAAUAAAACCGGGUCCUCCAUCGCAUCAACAAAAUAAGCCUCACUAUAAUACAUUAGGAUCCAAACCAAACAUAGCACCCGUACCAUUUUCGAAGACACCAAAUAAUCCAGUUCACGCAAUUAUAAUGGGUAAACCAGGCCCAAACAAUGUACAGUUACCGGCUCCAAGUCAGACAUUGAAUUUGGGUCAAACGGAUAUUAUUGCCAACCAAGUAGUCAAAAGUCAAAUAAUGCUACCGGGUAGCAGCGACGCUAUUGCUCAACAUAGCAACGUGCAGACGUACUUUAACAAACCUGGUCAGAUUAUAUUAGGCAAGCCGAUGGACAACCCGAUGCCUCUCGACCAACAGAUGAUCCCCACGAAGCAGCUCGGCAUGAGGACGCCGCCCACCCCCGCUCCAGUGUUCUAUCAAUCAACACCAAAUGUGCAUUUACAACAAGACAAGGAGCAACAGUCACAGAACGAAAUAAAGUCAUCGGAUUUCAUUGGUGAGUCCGCUGAAAAGUCUACAAUCCCUCCCGCCGUCAAUACAGGAUUUAAACCUGACUCAAUUGUUGUUGAGAGUGGUUUUAAGCCUAUCAUUAGAGAGCCAUUAAUGGCUAGUGUGGAUAGGAUAGCCGAUUACGAAGCAAGCGCUAAUAGGCGGGAGGAUUCCGAUGUCGAAGACGAUUACGAGGACUCGCAGCAAAUAUUGUCAAACCACCAGUACCCUCCCAGCGACAAGAUCACAGAGACAUUCGAGCCUAUGUUCAUACCAUCCCCACCAGAUCACUUGUUGCCCACCAAUGAUCGCACCAAGGAAAUAUUCCCAAUUAAUCAUGCCAAAGAAGAUAGGCCACAUCCAGUAUAUGUCAAGAACGUGACUCAAAAACAAGAUUUGUUCAGCAAAAAAAACGUAGAGAGGGAGGUACCCGGUGAUUUGAUGAUGGAGUCAGAUAGAAUUAGCCCACAUUAUCUUCCUCCUGAUCCCAAACCAACAAAAGAGCAUUCUCAAAAACUGUCUGUAUCCAGUGACCAAACUUUCACCACUUACGAUGGCAAAACUGUAUCAGCAGCCACUCUGACAAGUGUGUCGGAUGGAAAUAAAUCUUCGUCUAAGUUGUUUUCUGCCAAGUUACCAGCUAACUACGAGCAACUGUUAAAGACGCCACAAUUCGGUCCUUUUAAGGGUGAAAUACCACCUCCUGUAGCAGCUCACAUUAACAAAGAAGCACAAGAAACUGCUAUUUUAACAAAAGCGCAAGACAGGAAGACGACGCAGUUAAAAUUAGUUAAUAUUAAAAAACCAGAAGACUUAAAGGCAGAAGGCAGUCAAAAAGUAGAGGUGACUGAUACACUGCACCAAUUCGAAGAUAUAAUGGAACAAGAAUAUGAUGAUGAUGACGACGGAGAGGACAGGAAUAUGCGAGAGCGAAGGGACACAAAAACUACACAGUUUGAGAUGGGAGAAAUAGAAGAAGUGCAGACGAACGGGCACAGCAUGCCCAAGAACCAAGUGGAGUUCGAGAAGGAGCAGCGCGCGACGGCGGCCGCCCCGCGCCUCUGCUGGACGCCGCAUCUACUGCUGCUCGUGCUGGGUCUCACGUUCGCGUAACUUACACAUUAUUAUUUAAUUAUUUAUUGGAUAUUGUAUAGGGCUUGCCAUGAAAUGCAUUUCGUGUCGGAUAAUGUCAAGUAUCGGGGUUGGCUGUGGGACGCUCGUGUCUUCGCUCUUCGCGCCGCUCGGCCUCUCGUGUUCUACGUGAACCGCACCUGUUACCACUUUGUUACACGCAUAAUGCAAUUCAAUACUCCGUUAGUUAGUAAGAAUUUUGUAAAUAUUUUUAUUUUCUAAUAAAAUUAGUGUUACAGUUUA